AUGUCGAUGCCAGGCGCCUUCUCUCCCGAUCUGUCACCCUACGAACCAGACUCCAAGAAGGACAAUGUUUCCGCUGCCGCCGCCGCCAACCCGCCACCUCUCCGUCUAAACCAACCCUCCGACGCCUUCUCCCUCCACACAAACGAUCCCUACUACGACGACAUCGCCACAGCCUCGUCUUCCAACGCCGGCGACCUGCCUCCGUCCUACACUGACGAGCCCUCGUCGCUCGACCCCAAGCACAACAUAACUACCACCGUGACCCCGCUCCUGGCAGACGAGUCCGGCCACUCCCCGCUUCUCUUCCGCAGGGACCCCGAAACCGGUGCCGAAAUCCACUGCUCACGCCGCCUCGACACCGACCCGGCCUUUCUCGAGUCCCACAUCACAUCUCUCGCCCAGUCGCCACCGAGACCCUACCUGCGCGUCCGCGGCACCCACACCGAGAGCAUCCGCAAGCGCGACGACAAGACGGAGAGCAAGACCGUCGUCGACUUUGACGUCCGCGUCGAGCUCACCCCCUACCUCUACCGCGAUAUCGCCACCCGCCGCUCCUGGCGUGAGCUUCGCACCGCAGACAACUUUUCAAAGGUCCGCCGCGGAACCGUCUUCCCCACACGUGCCCCAGGCUUCGGCGGCAGGUCUUCGGGUGCUCGAGGCGGCGCCGCCGGCGAGGAGGUGAGCAAGGAGCCGCCCACGCUGCGGGAGUGGUGCCACCGCUACUGCGCCUCGCACGCGGGCCUCAAGACCUUUUCACUCCUGCGCACCGUGCCGGGGUUCGACGACGACGAGCGCCUCAAGGCCCGUCUCGAGGACCUCGUUCGCGCCACAAACUACCGCGGCCGCAUCGACGUCUCCUUCCCCGUCCACGACAGCACGGUCGAGAUUUACAACACGUGCCGCGUGAACCGCUGGCGCCAGACCAUCUGGAUCCGCUGGCUGUUUUACCUGACCUUCCUCUGGAUCUUUGCGUGGCCCUACCUCUUCUUCCGCACCAAGCGCUUCGAGGUCGUCGAGGCCGAGUGGGCGUUUUCCAGACGCCGCAGAGAUCCCCAGACGGGUGCGGCGCGCGGAAGGGAGUACGUCAGCCUGUCCGAGGUGGACCUGUACAACAUGUGGGCGCGGGCCAUCUCCAAGGCCGUGCUGGAGAGGAGGCAGGGCGAGCUGGACCAGCGCGACCUGCGAGAUGCCGAGGGGAGACAGGACACGAGCUUCGAAGACGUCCUCGCGGGGAUCGAUCAGGAGACGACGAGAGGGCUCGUGAGGGCUGGUGUUAACCUCACGGGCACCCACCCAGAACCGGCAUCCACAACCCUCGCGGGCACAACGCACAUCCUCCCCAUCAAGACGAGCUACUACACCGCCGACGUGCCCAUCUGGCUGGACCUCGUCGACUCCCCGGCCGAGUGGUCCGCCUCCUUUCUCUCGCCCGAGGCCAAGGAGGUCCUCACCGUGCUGGGCGGGCUGGCUGUUGUUUUUGCGCUGCCUUCUUCUCCUUCAUCAUCGUCUUCGACAUCAGCCCCGUUACCGGCAGAUGGUACCACCCCUGCGCCAGCAUCAGUAACAGCACCGGCAACGACCCCCCAGCCCUCGCCAGAGGACACCCGCGCGUUCAUCACCGAGGUCGGGAGGGUCGUUCGCGAAGGGCUCGGCGGGUGGGGAUGGGACGGCGUCGGGUUGGGCAUCGGCGUCGGGGAUGAGACGGCGGACGAGUGGGAGGAUCUCUGCGCUGAGUGGGGACUCGAGUUUGUGCAGGUUCGUGGGGGUAAGAAGGAUGAUGGCCGGAACGAGUUUGGAGAGAAAAUGGGCAUAGCAAGAGUCCUCGAAGCCCUCGAAUCCAACGACUGGGACGCCGCAGACGACAUGGACAGCCCAUCAGACCUCGAUUCGGACCUCGACACCGCCGCCGGUGAUUUACCCAGGAAACCCAGACCUCUAGCAGGCGGCACCGGCAACGACGACGACGGCGACGACAACGACGAUUUCGACCUCGACGACCCAGAGAACCUGGAUUUCGGCUUCGACAGAGCGGAUUUCGAAGGGCUGAAGAAGGCGAUUUGGAAUCUCGAGCAGGGGCUGGAGGAUGAGGAUGAAGUAGUAGAAGGGGGAGCGGCGGACACGGCAAAAGCAGCGAGUGGAAGCGCGGGAGGCGCUGCUACCACCGAGAAACCGGACUCGGCGAAGACGACGCAAGAGAAGAAGGCCGAGGACGCUGAAAAAGAGGACCUGGACGCCGAGGACGUGGAAAAGAUUGAGCAGAUGAUGCGCAAGUUGCAGGCUGUCCGGGACCUCAGCGCGGGGCUGCCCGAGGACCAGAGGCGGAGGAUGGCGAAGAAGGCUGUUGGGGAGGUGAUGAAGGAGCUUUGA